CGAGCCGAAGCACCCUCAGCCCGGGGACCAGCCCGAGAAGGAUAUAAGUAGAUUGAAAGGACUCCGAAUUCCCCAGAUUCUGUACUCCAAACCAUCUGUUAUCUGAUCAAUACAUCCAUCUACUCGCUCUAAUCUCCAACACUUUCAUCAUGAGCUCUUCCAUCCAGACUCUCUCCCGUGGUGUUCGCACUGCUCCUCGUGCUCUCCGUGGACUUACCCAGGUUCGACGACUGAGCACCACCGAGCCCAGCCGUAACCUCUCCAACACUCGCGAUUCGGCUGUCCAUGAUCCCAUCAUGGACAAGUUCUGGGGCAACCGUGUCAACGUUUCCGAAACUUCCGCCAUCGUCACUGAGACACCCAGCAUCUCCGCUGCCACUACCAGCCGUGACCCUCCUCUGGGCACCAACGUCUUUGAGCCUUCAUCCGCUCCUCGCUGGUCUGGCAUCUCCAUCCCUGCUGGCCGACAAUAGAUGAGUAGUGGCCAUAGCAUCGCACACAUCACCACAAACAAGGCAUUGUCAGCUUCCAGAUGACUGUCCUAACCCAUCGCGUCGGGAUUUAUCCCACCGAAUGACGAUAUGAAACGUUCCACCAUGCCCCGACAUACCAUUACUACACCACGGAUACCCAGCCUCUUCAUGAAAUGAGAAAAAAUAUUCGCAGAAAUUUGUAUAUACCAGAAUCGCAUUGAGGGAUCUGAAAGAAUGAAUCUUGGAGCGAACUAUGGCAAGGGAUCAUUGGAUUUUAGCAAGGAAAGCAGCUGCGAUUGACCGAGCAGAGUAAAGACUUUUCCUCGAUUUGUACAUAACCUGGAUCUGAUUACUAGGCGUUUAUAGUUCUAGCAAUUGUAUAUAAUGAUCGAUAACCUGUCAAAACUGAAUACGCGUCGCCGUGAUUGUAAACUUGAUGCUGGGAC